UGUUAUAAUUUUUUGUUUUCUAUGACAUUGUUUUCCUGUUUUUAUUCCCCCGGUAGAGUGGCAUAUAGCAGUUGAACUGUCUGUCAGUCCGUCUGUCUGUCCGUUGGUCUGUCACUCUGUCCGUCCGUCCGUCUGUCCAAAAACUUUAACAUUGGUCAUAACUUUUGCAAUAUUGAAGAUCUCAUGGAGCUGCACAUUUUGAGUGGUGAAAGGUCAAGGUCAUCCUUCAAGGUCAAAGGUAAAAAAAACAAAUCCAAGGGAAGUAACAAGCUUUAAAGGGAGAUAAGUGUAGUCCAGACAACACAACGCCCCGACAUGGUGAUCUGGUCGGCAAAGGACAAGUGUCUGGUGAUGGUUGAACUCACAGUUCCUUGGGAGUCGCGCUGUGAUGAGGCGAUGGAGAGGAAAACAGCAAAAUAUGCUGAUCUGCAGAGGGAAUGCAAGGAGAAGGGGUGGCACACGUGGCUAUUCCCAGUGGAGGUCGGCGUCCGAGGCUUUCUGUCAAAGUCUCUCUGGAGACUUUUCACUGCACUUGGCCUGACAGGAAGAGACGGAAAGCGAGCGGUCAACAGACUUGGGGAUGCAGCGGAGAGAGCAUCGAGAUGGCUUUGGCUGAGGAGAGAAGAGAGGAGCUGGCAGCUGUCUACUGACACGUAGGGGAUUGAUCAACCCCUGAGGACCCACCACCAGGAGAAUGUAUCGAGAUUAAUGGGUCGAAACAUUCAGUGAUCGGUGGCUCUCGACUGAGGAUGUCAGUAGUCCAGCAGUUUAACGACUGUUUACAUCUCAUUCUAUUUAUCAUUUGGCAGGUACAGAUCAUUUUCACAAGGGAAGUAAUAUUUUUAAAGGGAUAUAAUAAAAAAAUAAACAUAAAUCAAAGCGGUGCAGUUGGGGGCAUUGUGUUUCUGACAAACACAUCUCUUGUUAAAAACAAAAAAACAUACAUAUAAACUUUACAAAAAGCAUAUGCGGAAUAAGAAAAUUU